AUGCCACAUCCCAAACAGAAAACAAAGGUUCAGAAUGUAACUGUGAAGUUAGAUUUUGACUAUAUACGAGAAAAACUACUCCAAUACGCCGAGUUGCCGAUCGAUAGUAGGCCGCCACGCAAAUCUUCAAGGAAAACAAAGCCGAAACCGAAAUUAAGCCAGUACCAAUAUCAAGAGCUCAAAACAACAAAAAAUGUUAGGCGUCCUUUAAGACCUAUUCAGCGUUUUACGUGCAAAACGCCAAGCACCGAAGAGGAGCCUGUGGACGAUUGUUAUGAUAAGAUACAUUUUCCUAAAGUAAUUCCAUCCGUAUUAGGAAGAAUUAUUGAGAAGAAUUAUGACGAUUAUGAUAGUUUCGAUGAGAAACCAAUGCCGGCGCAAGGUUUUCCAGUCGUAAGUAAACGGAGUGUAAUUGAAAAAGGAGAUAAUAAAGAGCAAUUAGUAAAUACGGAAAGUUUUGAUCAAUUUGAUUCAAUACCUUUUAGUGAACUGUCUGAAGAGCAAAUCUUGAAAGAACAGCAAAAACUGAUCACAAAACCUGAAGAGCAGGAAUUUGCGAUGGCUGACCCAAAAGCGGCUACGGACGAGGCUGCUCCUACUACAGCAGAUACCACAAAGAGUAAUGAGAAGAAUUCUGACACGACUCCGAAAAUUGACAGCGAUGAGUCAUUUUGGGAUAACGAUAUUUUCACUAAUAUCGAUAUAAAUAACUGGAUGCAUCUUGAUACUCUUGAAAAGGAUAAGUUGGAAUGGAUGAAGAACAUUGAAGAACACAAAACGGUAAACCCAGAUGAACCUUACGAAGCGAGGUUCGAUUUCAAGGGGUACUUACUACCGUACAAAAUUGACUAUACAGAAGAAACAAGAACGUUAUAUCACCAUGGAGAAGAAUCACAUCGUCCUGGUUAUUCACUUUCAGAAUUGUUUGUAUUGACCCAGUCAGUUAUUCCACAACAGAAGGCUAUGGCACUAAAUACAAUUGCUGGAAUAUUAGAAUACUACUCUGUAGGUACGUACAAAAAUAUACUUGAAUUACCUCUAAGUCAAAUAUUCUUUCAUCUUAGAUUCGCAAUAGAUGAUAAUAAACCUAUGGUUUUGGAACCAGGUUUAAGGGCUUUAAGAAAUUUGUUGUGUAAUAAAGUAGACGAAGCCAGCUUAGAUGUAUUGUUAGGAACUAUAGAUGGCGUGGUACAACCAUAUCUAGGAUUUAAACGUCCGCCUGGAAUUACGGAGAUAGAACUUAGGGAUUCGGAAAAGAAAGAAUUUUAUAUUGCAGAAAUAGAUAUAUAUACAGCACUUAUGAAAAGUGACAUUCUUGAAAGGUUUUACUAUAUUUUGGAAACAGUCAGGCCUAGUAGUAAUUGUGUUCAAUAUUGCUUACAAAUUUUAACAAGACUGGUUAGAGAAAAUCUUAAUGUAAUAGAUAAAAUAACUGAAUCAGAAGACCUAAUGCAUACAAUAGUAAAAAACUUUAUGCCCGCAUCCAGCAUAAAGUCUACUUUUAAACCGCAAAAUAUUUAUGGCAAACCAUUUUUACCUGCGUUGAAAUUUAUUAGAGUUCUUGCUAUACAAAGUAAAGAAAUUAACGAAUUGUUGGUAGACAAAUAUGAAAUUACUAAACCGCUUGCGGAAUAUAUAAGCUCAAAUGUGAGUGACAAUUAUGGGAUGCGUCUUCAAAUAGAAUCGUAUAGUAUAUACACAAAUUUGAUACAUCUUAAUGUCGGCAUCGAAAGUCUUACUGCAUUAGCGCCAGUUUUGAUAGGAUCCUUCCAUAAACAUGUUAAACGCACAAACGUCCUAGUUAAUUCUUCAGUUUUAUUAGCUACACAUGCAGGUUGUGUUAUUCAGGUAGUUAAUAAAUUAGUUAAUUGUAACACAACCAAUUUUAAUAAAUUUAAACACCAAGUUGUUCCUAUGGUAAAAGAGGGAAUAAAGAAAUGGAUCGCUCAACUAUUACAUUCUAACACGUAUACCGCUGGAAUGUUGCGCCCCAUUUGUUCAGCUUUAUAUCUUUGCAAAUCCAUUAUGCUCUCCAUGAAAGCCCCAGUGAAAUUUCUCAGUGUUCCUCUAAAAGAACUAUCAUCGUCAAAAAUAUACAAAGAAAUUGCCAGCAAGCUUGUACCAUGUUCCAAUUUAUUAUCUGGCAUCGAAUCCCAGAGUUUUCAUAGGGCUAAAAACCUGAAGACUCUUUCUACGACAGUGAUAGAUUCACCAGACAAAGUAUUGCCUGUGCUACGUAAAGAUUCGCCGUAUACAUUAUUCGCAGCGAUAUUUAAUGUGUUGUGUCUACUGGAGGAUACUGAUUUAGUGAGCGAAAUCGUUGACAAAAUGGUACCUUAUUUUAGACUACUAUAUACCACAAAGGAACCAAGUCUAUGUGACAAUUGGAUGACACGAUUAGAAGUUGGGUUCCUUUUCAACUACGUAAUAACUGCAUUUUUCAAAGAAACCAAAAUUAAUCCAGAUUGGACCUUUACUAUAUCACAUAAACUAGGUCACAUUUUGGGUAAAGACCAGUGGAUUAAGCUCGAUUUUCUUCUUAACAGCGUUAUUUUUAGCAAAAAAUUCCUGUCACCUGAAAAUGUUUUUAACUUUAUGUCGUUAACAGGAGUAGGCAACCCAUCUAAAAUUACGACUUACAUUGCCGACACAAAAAGUCGGUACAAAGACUCAUAUAAUUUGAAUAUCAAAUUUCCUAAAGCCAAGUGCUUACUUUGGGAACAGUCAAUACUCCCUAAAGACUGGCUGUACUUGCCGUUAUCAGUAUUGUACGAAAUGAAACAUAAUGUAAACUGGCGUGUGGAUAAAGGAGACACAAUCGAAGAUGCCAAAAUACCGUCAAUUGUCGAAUGCAGUUUAAGAUGGAUUUUGUUCAUCGAAAAGUGCUAUCCAGAGCUAGUUCACGAUACAGAUGUCACAGACAGAUUUCUCCGUGUGAUGUCCAUUUACCUUCUCGGUAAACCGAUAUUUUCAAACACUGUAAUCAAGGAUUUGUUAAAAAAAUAUAUAACUGCAAUGUUUAAGAAGACAAAUGAUUUCAAUUUUGAUAAGAAAUUCAUGGGCGCUUAUAACUUCGAAGAUUAUUAUAGGGAAGUCUUGAAGCAGUUCCAAUCGGUGGGCACAGAGGAUUCGACGUUCAUUGCAUGUGUCAUAGUACCCAUAGCUCAGAAACAUAAUGUCAAGUGGCGCCAAAUGUUAUGGUCGGAGUUUUCUUCUUGUCUAAAUGCAAUUAAAUGUCCUUCGGAAUUGUUACACUACGAUGACGACGACUACAUGUUCCCAUUAGAGACUGACGAGACUCUCCUUAAGUUGUACACCCAGGCAAUAACCAGCUUUUCCCUAAAGUCUACCACUUUAACGUAUACAAUAGCUCACCAUCAUAUCAAGUCGUCAUUAAAAAAUAUAACUGGUACUGCAUCUACCAGCACGGAAUCGGAAAAUGUUAAAACUGAGACGGAAAGCACGGACGCAUCUGAGAAAUAAAAUCGGUCGAUUGAAAAAGAUGAAUAAUUAAAUGAUGAAUUCUAAAAUUAAAAUCCUAUUUAAUUUAUACAACAUCGUAAUUAAAUUUAGGGAAUUAAGAAUAAUUUUACAACUAAAAUAAAAAAAUAGGUACGAGUACACAUUCAGUUGAGUCAGCCAUUGUUCGUUUUUAAAUGAGAACUAAUGUAGGGACAGACUAUAUAAUUUUAGGAUCACAUAGGAAAUGUAUUUCCGUUUAAUAUCAGUGAAGAAUCAGCUAGUAUUUGAGAUUAAAAUUAAGACGAUUUCUUGGUAUUCUGGCUAUGAUUAAUUUAAUAUAGUUGUACUGUAGGUAAUUAAUUUUAAACUUACGGAUAGUAAGCUAGACAAGCAGUAAGCAUUAGACUUAAUACUCGAGCACUUUAACUAAUUUAUCGUAUGGUGUUUUUACUAUGGAUAAAAUAUUAUUUUGAUUUAACUUUGGGGAUACAUCUAUAUUAUUAUAUUGUUAGUGUAUAAUCCAAAUUAGUGAUAGAUAGAUAGAAUAUACUUUAUUUGUAAUAUACAGGAAAGAAAAGAUAAACAAUAUAUUAAAAAACAUAUGUAUAAACGGUUUUAAAAUUCGAACAGGCAGGUAAUGUGCAAACAGGAGAAAAGAAAAAAAUAAUAAACAUUAUGUUGAUGGUAAUGCUUUCUUCAACUUGAAACUUAUGAAAAAAUAUUUAUGUAUGAAUUAAGAUUAAUUACGUAGAAAUUGUGAAUAAGUUG